UGACUACUUUUCCAGGCGGAAGUUAGCCGCGUCGCUAGCCGCUGUUAGCCGAGCCCGCCCGCUGCAAAGACGGCGAGUGCGUAAUAAGACGUCGUCAGAUGAUAAAUGGCGUCGUUCGGUCCCCAUCAGCGCCGCCCGUCCGACGUGAGCAUCAAAGCGAGUGUAUAGGAAAAGAUGAUUCGAAGAGUUUUUAGGCCAUCCGCGGACUCGGUGGUGCCGCUCCGGAACGCGUGUGCGCGGCUGAUCUCGGAAGUCUAAACGCAGUAAACCUUGGCCAGGAUUUCCGGCUCCUUUCCAUUUGCCCUAUGCUGUUUUGUUUCCGUUUAUUCUAUUUCCGUUUCUCAAACUUUUCCCCAUUCAGCGACCAAGUACGCCCCGACGCCCAUCUUUUUGAAAACCACGAAGCCCCGCGUGCGUGUCGGGAUAUCGCAAGCGUUUCUUCUGCUUACGGUUGUGCAACGGAGGGGCUGGCCGCCUUGCCUCGCCUCGCCCCGGCUUGCUUCGGCACUUGUGUCGCUAACUUUGGUCACUCGGCGUCACCGAGCGACUUGCUCGGCCUGACGUUUACUUCGUGGCGCAUUUAUGUCGACCCUCGUGAACGCGUACUUUGAACAUUUUACGUGAGGUCAAUCCUUUUUCAUUUUUUUUUUAAAUAAUUGGUAUACGUUGGCUGAACGUUUGGCCUUAAGACGCCAGAGCCUCGCCCUCGAGUGUGCUAACGUUAGCCGUUAGCUGUCGACGGUCCCAGGCGGCACAGUGCAGUUUGUGGUGUCGGAUGCUGACAGGGCCUCUGUUCUUGAAACCCUUCCUCAUACUACACAUUUUUCACACAUUUAUAAAAUGACCAGCAUACUACAAAUGCAAAAUACCACUUCAAUGGCAUAACAUGGAUAGUUUCCUAUUCAUAGCCUGCAUACAACGCAAUAGUUCCUGUUAAUUCCUUUAAUCAAAGUGGUUGCCCGUGAUCAUCGAUCGACAGACAACUUUUCAUAUUCCUAAACGUCACAGUAUGGGUGUUGGAACAAAGCAUCGAACUGAACAAGUCUACACACCCCUGUUCAAAUGCCAGGCCUUUACAAAUGAGAUAGUAUAAUACAAAUAAUAUUUCACUAUAAUUGUGACCUGUAAUUUUUACAAUAGGGAAAAAAGAAAGUUUUUUUGAAAGAUCAAUUGAAACAAUAAAGAUAUUAAGUGUACAUCCUUUUAAAACUGGUUAUGUUAACACCAUCCUUUCUUGUUCUUGGGUAUAUUUUGUCAAUUCACGCAGCUAUAUUUCUACUUGUCAAUAAUUAGUCAUUUAGUUGUCUUUUCCUGUCAAUUUUUUAAUUUGUGGUGCAAAUGUAUGUGAUUGGCAGUGCGGUGGAUCAAAUGGAAAGCGUUGCCCUCACAGUUUUGAGGUCCCGGGUUCAAUCCCGGUCCUCCCUGUGUGGAGUUUUCAUGUUCUCCCUGUGCCAGCGUGGGUUUUCUCCAGGCACUCCGGUUUCCUCCCACAUUCCAAAAACAUGCAACAUUCAUUGGACACUCUAAAUUGCCCCAAGGUGGGAUUGUGAAUGCAACUGUUUGUCUCGAUGUCCCCUGCGAUUGGCUGCCAACCAGUUCAGGGUGUACCCGGCCUCCUGCCCGUUGACCCCUGCGAUAGGCUCCAGCACUCCCUGCGACCCUUAUGAGGAUCAGCGGCUAAGAAAAUGGAUGAUGCAAAUGAACUCACCAAAAACAGAACAAGAAGUAAGCCCGUGCAAUGCAAACAUACAAGAAUGACCGGGAAAGAAGAGACAUUUAUGCGGACCGAGGACGAGGUACAACAUCUGCGGAAUAAAAUUCCAGGUCACUGUCAAGCUCGCCUGUCUGAAAUUUCAAAGAGACGAUGUCUAAGGGUGGAGUAGACGACAUGAUAGAGAUUGAGAUCGAUGAACGAGAAAAGCAAGCGUGCUUAGAGGAGGGCAUGGAGGAACAGACCAUCAUGGCGUCGGAUCUGAUCCAGCAAGACAUCGACAUCAACGAGCCGGUCGGCAAUUUGAAGAAGCUGCUGGAGCCCCGCCUCCAAAUUGCACUGGAUUCAUAUGAAAUAUGCCUGCAGGACAUUCAGUUACACCCCGAUCACAGCCUCUUCGACCAGGGGGUCAAAACAGACGGGACGGUGCAGCUCAGCCUACAACUUAUCACCAAACCAGGCGAGGAGAAGCUGAACAUCCUGGAGAUCGUGAAGCCCGUGGAGACGGUGGAGGUGGUGAUCGACCCGGACGCGGCCGGGGAGGAAGGCUCGCUGGUGGAGGAGGGCCAGCUCAUCGCCGUGGAGCGCUCGGGCCUGUCCGACGAGACCUCCGAGCAGGUGACGCGCUGGGCUGCGGCGCUGGAAGGCUACCGCAAGGAGCAAGUCCGACUGGGCAUACCGUACGACCCCGUCUUGUGGACGGCCGACCAGGCGAUCCACUGGGCGGUGUGGGUGAUGAAGGAAUUCAACAUCGACGAGAUGGAAAUCGGCAGCAUUCACAUCCCCGGUCGAAAUCUCUGCGCGUUCAGCCAAGAAGAGUUCCUCCAGAAAGUCCCCAAUGGAGAAAUCCUCUGGAGCCACCUCGAGCUCCUACGCAAAUACGUUUUGGCGAGCCAGGACCCGUCCGGAGGGGACGCCACAGUCACCAUUGAUCAACCCGUGCAGAUAAUCCCGGCUCAGGUCAGCACGCCCACGGCCAUUAAGGUGCUGAAGCAGAGCCGCGGACCCCGAGCGCCCCGCAUCUCUGGAGAGGAGCGCAGCUCGCCUGGCAACCGCACGGGAAACAACGGUCAGAUCCAGCUGUGGCAGUUCCUGCUGGAGCUGCUGACGGACAAAGACGCGAGGGACUGCAUCUCCUGGGUGGGCGAGGAGGGCGAGUUCAAGCUUAACCAGCCCGAGCUCGUGGCACAGAAGUGGGGCCAGCGCAAGAACAAGCCCACCAUGAACUACGAGAAACUCAGCCGAGCGCUCAGGUACUACUACGACGGCGACAUGAUCAGCAAGGUGCAGGGCAAGCGCUUCGUGUACAAGUUCGUGUGCGACCUGCGGACCCUGAUCGGCUACAGCGCCGCCGAGCUCAACAGCCUGGUGGCCGAGUGCGAGCAGAAGAAGAUGUCGCGGGUGCAGAUGCACGGCAUUGGGCAGCCCAUCACCACGGUGACGCUGGCCACCACCCUGGACAAGGACAACUGAAAGACGGCGAAGGCGGGGGACGAGGCCUUGACCCGCAAACUCUCCGACGCGGCGGCGUGGACGAACACCGAGUUUCAGCACCCAGGGAGGUACAAAUGAGGCACGGCGACAAGUGAAUGCUUUAAACGUGACUGAAACGUCUUCCUCGUCCGUAGCGACGGCCGUCGUGUAAAUAUACAUUUGCGAUUCGUGUUUUUUGAUAGCUGCGCCACAGCACAAGUAUUUUCAUAUUUUUCCUUUUAUAGAAGACCUUAUUUUAUUUUAUUUUUUUUGUAUUUUUAUUUUAGUCCAUGUUCCCGGUGUUUUCGGACCCCGUUUUUUUUUUUUUUUUUUGUCUAUAAGGGGAAUAAAGUGGCAAUUUUUUGUUUUUUUCCA